AUGUCGAAAAAGGCAAGGAAACACCCGGAAAAUCUUUGCUACCAAGAUGGCAAUAAGGAGUAUUUCUGCUGUCCAGAAGAGUAUUUAGUGAGUAGCCGGACCAAGACGUAUAGAACCAGAUUAAAUGAGCAGCCAAUGGCGAUUCAGAAUGACUUCCCUGCCUGCGAGGACGUCCGUGGUGAGCCCGGUCUAUGUGUUCCGGUUGGACUUUGUGAUCAUAUUUACCCUUUUCUGGAUGGACGUAUCAACACAAAUACAAGUCUACAGCAAUUUGUACGUCGUAGCAGCUGUUCUUCGGAUGCUCGUCCAAGUACAUCGAUUUGCUGUGCGACGUCGACUGCUCGGUCUGGCCUGGAAUACAUCCAACACAAGAAUGCCGCUAAACUUGGGCUCGACCAUUGUGGUCAUGAAGGCUUUGUGGAUAAGAUUCUCAAAGGAAGCGAGACAGCUCCGGGUCGAUACCCUUGGAUGGCUAGCCUCCUAAGCAAAUGGAAGAACACGUGGAAAACUCACUGCAGUGGUUCGUUGAUUCAUCCAAAGUAUGUUUUGACAGCUGCUCAUUGCAUAAGACUUACCUCUAUGCCAAAAGCUGUUCUAUUGGGAGAACAUAAUAUAUCCAACAUUCAGUAUUACAUGAAAAAAACAUAUGCCGGACCGGGUCAAGUACAUGCCAUUGAAAAAUUAAUUCCAAACCAAAAUUUCAACGGCUACAGCUCAGAAUACGAUAUCGCCUUGAUACAAUUAGCAACCCAAGCUACUCUGAUUCCAGAUGAGGUAUACCCAAUUUGCCUUCCAAUAACCAAAACUUUACUCAUGCUGAAACCCAAGAAGCUAGUCGUGCUCGGCUGGGGUGGCACAGAAAAGCAAAAACAAUCAGAUGUCCUGCAAGAGACAGAACUGCAACUUACCAAACGGACGCCAUCAUGCUUAAAUGAGGAAACGUUUUGCGCUCGGGGAAAAUCCAAUGAAGGACAUUGCAGAGGAGAUUCAGGAGGACCAUAUCAGGCCAUAGUUCCGGUGAAUAAUGAAAAUGAUAACAAAUAUGUCCUGUUUGGGGUGAUUUCUGACGGUGCCCGCUUUUGCAACGUGCACGAUGAGCAACCUGGGGUGGGUGUGUUCGUUGGCAGUCAUAUCAACUGGAUAUUGGAUAAUUUGAAGAUUUAA